GAAAAUGAAGCCAUCUGAUUGGUGAGAAGUUUGGCGGACUUUAAUCCUUCCUACUUUUUUUAAGAGAUUGAAAUUGAAUCUUUUAGUCGUGUCCAGUUUUGCUGCAGAGUUCUGACCAUCAGCCGAUAUCCUUUUUGUGCAACCGGACACGUAACAACCAUGUCAGUAACAAACGGCCACUGUGUGAGCAAAGAGACAUGGGAGUCGCACAACAAGAUGAUGCUGGAGCCUCUGGCCAUCAACGACUCGGAGGUGUUCUCCAUCAUUAAAAAAGAGAAGCACAGGCAGACGUACGGUCUGGAGCUCAUCGCCUCCGAGAACUUCGCCAGCCGAGCUGUCCUCGAAGCUUUGGGUUCCUGCAUGAACAACAAGUACUCGGAGGGUUACCCAGGCCAGAGGUAUUACGGAGGAACGGAGCACGUGGAUGAGUUGGAGAGACUUUGUCAGAAAAGAGCACUGGAGGCGUAUCGUCUGGACUCAGAGAAAUGGGGCGUGAACGUGCAGCCGUAUUCAGGUUCUCCUGCCAAUUUUGCUGUUUACACCGCCAUCGUGGAGCCGCAUGGCCGGAUCAUGGGGCUGGAUCUUCCUGAUGGAGGUCACCUGACACACGGCUUCAUGACUGAGAAGAAGAAGAUCUCAGCCACGUCCAUCUUCUUUGAGUCCAUGCCGUACAAGGUGAAUCCAGAAACUGGCUACAUCGACUAUGACAGACUUCAAGAAAACGCACGGCUGUUUCACCCCAAGCUCAUCAUUGCAGGAACAAGCUGCUACUCCCGUAAUCUCGACUACGCCCGCUUGAAGCAGAUUGCGAGUGAGAACGGAGCGUACCUGAUGGGCGACAUGGCUCACAUCAGCGGGUUAGUGGCUGCUGACUUGGUCCCCUCACCUUUUGAGUAUUGCGACAUCGUUUCCACGACGACACACAAGACGCUGCGAGGCUGUCGAGCCGGACUGAUCUUCUACAGGAAAGGCGUACGCAGCGUGGACGCCAAAGGAAAAGAGACUCUGUACAACUUGGAGUCUUUGAUCAACCAGGCUGUGUUUCCUGGGCUGCAGGGAGGACCGCACAACCACGCCAUUGCAGGGGUCGCUGUAGCUCUCAAACAAGCCAUGACACCUGAGUUCAAAGCCUACCAGCAGCAGGUUUUGGCCAACUGCAAAGCUCUCGCCAAAACCCUCAUGGACCAUAGCUACAAAAUCGUUACUGGUGGUUCUGACAACCAUCUGAUCCUGCUUGACCUGCGCAACAAAGGUACCGAUGGAGGCCGAGCGGAGAAAGUGCUGGAAGCGUGCGCCAUCGCGUGUAAUAAGAACACCUGUCCAGGGGAUAAGAGCGCCUUGCGUCCCAGCGGUUUGAGGUUCGGCUCUCCGGCGCUGACCUCCAGAGGCUUGGUGGAGGAGGACUUCAACAAAGUGGCCGAGUUCAUUCACAGGGGUAUUGAGCUGACCCUGGAGAUCCAGAGAAGCCUGGAUCCAAAGGCUCCCCUGAAGGAGUUCCUUCAGGCUCUGAAUCAGGGAGAGAAGUUCCAGCAGCGGGUUGCUGAGAUCAGAUCCGAGGUGGAGGCCUUCGCUGGCCGCUUCCCCAUGCCGGGCCUCCCUGAGCUGUAGCUGAAUGACGAUAUGAAACAUCGGACCGUUUCCACAGUUUUAUUGGUGUCUUGUUUUAUCUUAUGUAUAUUUUGAAUCUGUCACCGCUCAGAUCAAGACACUUGGUUUUUACCGAGCUUUUGCUGUUUGUUGUGGGGAUUUUCUGUCCUCUGGAGCUUCAAUCUCACAUUGAAAAUACAAUUUCCGCUUUAAGUGUAACGUCAUGUGGAGAUUAAGUUUGAUACUCCAAAGAUUUUUUACCAGCUACUGCAGCUUGAGGCACAAUGCUUGACUACUGUAUGCAUACCUAAUAUGCAUGAUGAGUUGCAUCACAUUCAUUUUAAUAAGCUAAUAAACUGCUACUGUGUUCUCCAUCCACAUCCUAACUGAGGCAUCUUUUACAUGCAUCUGUACUUUGAACUAGUUAAAGGAAGAACUUGGACAGCUUCUGCUUUUUCAGUCAAAUAAAAAAAUGGUUAC